AUGUGCUUUGUGUUCAAUUUAGGGUGCCUGGCGGGACUGGAUUAUUCCUGGCCAUUCCCGGGAGGUGAGUUUGCUGCUUGCGAGGCGUGCAAGCUGGGCCGCGGCAAGUGCAGGCGGACGUGCCUGGAGGAUGAGAAGGUGGUGGGAAGCUGCAAGCUCAACUUCUUCUGCUGCCGCCGCCGGAUCCAGUGA